AAUCUCUGCUGCAGUAACCCUUGCCUUAACAACGCCAAAUGUCUUCUUGGAUAUACAGACAAAAGAUACCUUUGUGUAUGUGCAUCUGGAUAUACAGGGGAACACUGUGAAACAGGUACAGUUAAACUGCCGCAUGAAAAAAAUCGCCGUCUACCCCUAGCCACUGUUCUAAAAGAUAGAAGCAAAGUCGUUUAUGUUGUAACCUGGGAUUUGCUAGAGAUAGAAGUUAGUAAAUAUGCACCGUGAAGAUUUUUAAUGACAUAUCUCUCUAGCAAAUCCCAGCUACUUUAUACCUUGCCUCUAUUUUUCUUUCGUUACGGUCUCCAGUUUAUCUUUUGCUGAUUAAGCUUUAGUGUAACUACCAUUAGAUUUAUUCAGUUGGCAUAUACAGUUAUCAUAAAGGCUCGUUAACGGGAGUCCAACUUUCAUAAUUUUGUGUUUGCCGUUCUUAGUAGUAGGGUAUGCGUUCGUUCCAACCCAUUUUAGCCCUUGGUACACUGGUCAGGGGACAUGAAGAUGAGCCUGCAGUCAGCGGUUACUCGCGUGUAAAUGUCUGGGACCGAGUGAGGGAGGGAAAACAAUAGAAAUGUGUUGGCGGCGGUGGUGGCGCUGGAGGAAAGAAAACAAUAGAAAUGUGGUGGUGGUGGUAGUGGUGGUCUUGGGGGAGGAAAACAAUAGAAUCUUGUGGCCUGAAAACCUAUAUAAAUGCGCAACAUUCUACCUCUUUCUCAGUCUACAUUUUGCUCCUGAGGAGUUGACAUGAGCUGGUUCUGUUCUGUCUGCGAAAAAUCCUUUAGUAGAAAAGAUAGUAUGCAAAGGCACGUGAUUUCUAAACACCACAAUACUAGUCUCACCCCAUUUCAAACAGUUCCGAUGUUUUCACAGAAAUGUCAGCGGUUUCGCUUCGAGCAUCCUUACACCUCCUUGAUUGCCGGAAUGACCGGGUCCGGAAAACGGCCUGGGUUCGAUCGCUAUUGCAACAAUCUUCAGAGACCAUUUACCCUCCCCCGGAGAGGAUCGUUUGGUGUUAUUCACAAUGGCAGCCUGCGUAUACACAAAUGUUAGUCGCCAUGCCAAACAUUGAAUUCGUCAAGUGAAUUCCUACGGCUUUGGAGCAAGAUUCCUAUUUUGAUGUGAACAAACGGAAUUUGAUCGCCAGUAAAGACAAGCGAAUUGUGAACCUCUUUACUCGAGGUUCUCAUCAUCGCAAUCUGAGCGUGAUUUAUAUCGUGCAGAAUCUAUUUCAUCAGGGAAAGGUAGCCGCAGCAUAAGCCUAAACAGCCAUUAUCUGGUGUUAUUCAAGAAUCCACGAGACAAACUGCAAAUCCUGACUCUGGCGAAGCAAAUGCAUCCCGGGCAGACGGAUUUCUUUUUAAAUCAGUACGAAGAGGCUGUAAAAGGACCUUUUGGUUAUCUUCUGAUUGAUCUGAAAACUACUACCCAAGAUAAUUGUCGGUUGCGAACAAACGUCCUGCCUAGUGAAGAAGGCUUUAACCAAUCAGGUUUCAAGAAAAUAUUCCUCAAGAGCUUCUAAAAUAUCUGAAGCAGCAAACUCUUUCGCCUGUCCCGCUUCCUCCAGCUAUGCAAGAAAUACAAGGCAACAUGGAUGACGUGCUUUCUCGAAACGAUCUUCGGGAUGAUGAAAAAGCUAAACGAUACCUUCAGUUGCAAAACAGAUACCUGGCUUUUAAAGGACAAUUAAGAAAUAAUCAGCACUGUUCCAGACUUAACAUCAAGGACACAAGAUUCUUCGACAGCAACGACAGCAUUCUCCACUCCCCUCAACCCCUUUAAUGUAACACCUGAAUUAACACAAGCGGCUAACUCUCAAAAACCACAGUAGAAACCCCAUCACCACAAGGCCCGAAGCGCAAAAGGCGUCGGAUUCAAUUUCUAAAUUAUUUAGAUGAUCAUAAACCUCAUGGCAAACAGCUGAAGAAACGUCGGCAUAAGAAAUUCAAACCUUACAAGUACUCCAUGGGCGAAGAAGAAGGAAUUAAUUAAUUUCCAUUCCUUUGUAUUUGACUCUUUUUGUCAUUGUUUUUUAAUAAAGUUUUUUAAAACGGUAUCUCUCUUGUGUUUUUAUUGCUAGCAACUAUGAGUCGCGUGCUUUAAUUGAUCCUUGUUAAGUUAUUUUUUUUAUAAUAAUAUGUCAAGAUGCUCCCUUGAGGUUUUCCCUGUAGAGCUAAUUUGUAUUCAACUUUGGGCUUUUGAACUCGCAUAAUUACCUAACGGUGCGUGAAACGCUGAGACUUCAAUAGUUUUUCAUUUCCUCGAGAUAAAACGAAGAAAACGUCAGACAAAAUUGAAAUAAAGCGUUUUCAGUCCCACUUUGUGUAUGUUUUGUUCAUAUAUCCGAGUUUUAGCGCUAAAUAAGAAGACGUAAACUUUAUUGAAAUAAAGACUUUUCAGCUUACUUUCUGUAUGCGUUUUGUUUAUAUAUCUGAGUUUUAGCGCUAAAUAAGAUAUAGGAAGCCGUUUCUAGCGUUGCUAGGUGAUCGCUUCUCUUAUUCCUAUUUUUCUUUUAAUAGACAGUCCGAAAACAGGGCUCAAAUUACUUCACGGGCAAGUCUAGGCAAGCCUAUUGUUCCUAUUGUAGUAGAGUGACGCUCAUUAGUAAACCUAUCCACUUUAUUAUAUAUGGAGGAAGGCACUUUUCCCCCAGGUUAUGACAAUGGGUGACGUCAUAGACUAAACCUAGCUAGACCUUGCUAGACACCAACGGGGUUAAGUUUGCUGCAGCCCUACUACUUGCCCACUUUAUGCGAACAUUUACAAGAGCACGCAUGCUCAUUAAGAUAGAACGUUAAACACUUGCGUUACAUUAGUAGGCGAGAGUCAAGUCGCAUAAAUGCGGGAGUGGAAUUUAUGUCCACUUAUGCCAACAUUUAUGAGAGCAGGCGUGUGCAUAACAAUAGAUUGAUAUGUACUUGUGGGAGCAAGAUUAGAUAGUAGUCAUGCGCAUUCGAAUAUCUUAAAACACAUACCAAAGACGUUCUUCUUUUACAAAGUUGCUAACGUGUAGGGGUUGAGCAUGUAUUGUCAACCUUCACCUGCCUUCGAGAGUCUGGCAAUUGUCGCAUCAGCCCCAGAGUCUACACAAGCCACCCAUGCACACUCCACUAACUUCAACAUUCACUCCGCAUUCAACUGAAAACAAUAUUCACGCUUGUAGAUCGCGCUUUGUUUUGACUGUUUUGUUCACAUAGAAAUAAAUAUUUUUUAUUUAGCUGCAUGUCACAUUGAAUCAUGCUGGUAGGCGAAAAAAUAAAUAAUGAAGCCUUAAACUGUGACAAGACAAAACUUUUAUUAACAUAGAGUUUUGUUUUUCAGCAUAUAUGUAACGUUAUAUAAUGAUGUAAAUGCUACGCCCACAAUGAUUGGUCGUUUCCCAUGACAGUGAUAUAAAGUUCAUAUCAAAAACAGGACCGUUUCUUCAAGUUAAAACUGAGUUAUGUAUACUGNUCCGCAUUCAACUGAAAACAAUAUUCACGCUUGUAGAUCGCGCUUUGUUUUGACUGUUUUGUUCACAUAGAAAUAAAUAUUUUUUAUUUAGCUGCAUGUCACAUUGAAUCAUGCUGGUAGGCGAAAAAAUAAAUAAUGAAGCCUUAAACUGUGACAAGACAAAACUUUUAUUAACAUAGAGUUUUGUUUUUCAGCAUAUAUGUAACGUUAUAUAAUGAUGUAAAUGCUACGCCCACAAUGAUUGGUCGUUUCCCAUGACAGUGAUAUAAAGUUCAUAUCAAAAACAGGACCGUUUCUUCAAGUUAAAACUGAGUUAUGUAUACUGUGCUAUAAAAGACAUUUGUUUGUCAUGGACUAAAAGCACUGAGUUAUGCUUCCUCCCCUGAGUCAGAGAAGAAUUCGAUUUCCUCUACAUCUGCUGAUUCACCCAUUCAGUAGUCCGGUAGACCACAGAUGUUGAUGUUGGUUUUUGGUCCCCGAAAUCAACGACCCACCGAGAGUAACGACACCCCGAAAGUAACGAGCCCCAAAGGCUGCUAAUUCCGAAAGUAACGAGGGUCGCUACUAUGGGAACUUUACGGUAUUAGGUGCACGUUUGGCGAGGUAUCAACAAGAAUUUUGAGGGAAAUUUACUCCUGGAGAGUAGAUGUGUGUGUUUUUUUUUUCAAUGACAAACUAUAGAGAUAUUCAGAACAAUUAACUGAAAAUAAAUAAAUGCUGACUCUCAAUUGUUUGCUCUUUUUAAUUGCUCAUGUUCGAAAUAAGGGAAAAACUCAAAAAGUCGGCAAAGGACUAAGCGUUCGGAAAAUUUACACAAACAUGCACAUGCCGCAAUUCUUCUAACCGAUGCUUUUAAACUCCAAAUUUCCGCACAAAGAAGGCGCCUCGCCUUGUACUGGUAAACAUUUUCAGUACCACUCAAAGGAGAACUUUUUAAAGCUUUUUUUUGAUAUCGCGUGCCAUUGGAAUAUCAGUAAACUGCCAAUUAUGUAUAAAGGGAAAAGCAAAAACCUCAUUUUGAACGAAGUUUUAAAAACCAUAUGGACCCGUGUGGGAACUUGUCAAAAUGGUCACGCUACGCUGCUGGUGGGGACAAACGGGCAGUGUUGCCGCAGGGGACUCGCUCUCUUCCUUCUCCUCCGGAUAUUAUCUCUCUGCCGGAGGUCCAAUGUAUGUGGGACAGCGAGGCCUCGGGCUGGUUUCACUCUUCUGGUUAUAGGGUGGAGGUUUCCACUGGCACUAACCGGUCUUGCGGUUGCGCCUUUUCUUUGACGAUGAGGGUCGUUUCGUCCACUGCUCCUUUUCUUUGGCCGGUGUGUCGGAAUCCUUCAAGGGCGCAUUUUUUGGAUUACGUGUUGGGAGGUUUCAAUCCGUUUUCCGUGCAGUUGGAAGCCCAUUACUCUGCUCAAUGUCGACUACAAAAUUGCCUCCCGUGCGAUCAUCGGCCGUCUUCUUAAAGUUAUUCAUUUCGUUGUGGCCAAUGACCAGACUUGUGGGGUGUCGGGUUAUUGAAGACAGUGUCUCUUUGCUGAGGGGUGUGACACACUGCGUCUACUGGAUCCCAUCGGCCUAAACCCCAUAGACACCUUAUGAAUUUUACACAACGUAGUAUUCCUUAUCGUCGUCUUUUUCGGUUUCGCUUCGGUUUCGAGCACUGACUAUAGUAGACAAAGCUUGCCGGUGUUUCCUAUUAGUAAUAAAAUAACUAACAUAGUACGCGCGUUCUGAUUGGUUAAAAACCUAUGGCUUAUUGUGCCGGUAAAGUCAUAGAAAACUUAAAGUUAUUUUAUAAAAGCAGUAGACCACACUUUCUAUGAGUUUACCGGCGUGAUAACCCACUUGGGAUGUUGGGAGAACACUCGACAAGCUACAGUAAGUGAAAGUGUCAUUUUCUUAUCACUAAUUAAUCCCCAGGGAUGAUAUUUACAAUUCAAAUUGAACGUGAAUAGUAGACGGGUUAGAAUUAGAUGCCAUCGGUUUAAACCCCUUGGACACAGUAUUGUUGCUUAACCCUAAUCACUAUUCACGUUUCAUUUGAAUGCAAAUAACAUCCCUGGGGAUAAAUUAAUGUUAAGCAAAUGAGUAUAUAUAAUAGGAAACACCGGCACGCUUUGUCCCAUUCACUUCACUUUGUCCGACACAAAGGACGACUGGCGACCCACCCGACCUCCCCAGCAAGUAAGUCGGGUUCCAGAUUGCCUAUAUUCAAUUCAGUCUGUCUUGGGCUUGCCCCCGGUCAGAUUGAUUCCCCAUACCUUUUUAUAAUGUCAUGAAUAACCAUACCCAGGGAGGAAUAUUGUACUAAUAUAAUGGCAAGUGUUUAACGUUUUAUCGUAAUGCGCAUGCCUCCUCUCAAAACUGUUUGCAUAAGGGGACGGAAAUUCUACUCCCACGCGUAUGCAACUGAGUUUCGUCUACUAAAAUACCGCAUUUCCAACACGGGCACUGUGGGACCCGUUACCUUAUAGCAGCCCUAGCACGCCCGACUGCUCAGGUGCCCCGUUGGGCGGGGGACGUUUCCGGGGGCCAGGUUCGACUCCUGGGCGAUUUUGGCGUACUGGUGUACCCUCCUUCAGGCGUUGCUCGGCAGAGCCAUUGCACUCCGGCUCUGUUAAGUAUCGUGAUAUCGUUCGGCUUUUGCAUUGACCAUUGCACUACCGGGUCCGUAGCCGGGGGCGCCUGAAAAACAAAACAAAAAAAAACAUUACAGUGGGGUCGAUUUUUUUCUUCGCACAAAAAGGGGGGGACCAUGCGGGUAGGGCGAUUACUUACAAAUAUUGCUCACGGGAAGUCUUGCCCUAAAUAUUUUGUUUUACUAUCCCAUCAAAUAAAAAAAUGACAGAUUCGAAGCAAAACUCGUUAUAAUCAAGACUAAAAUUGCUUUUGUUUUUUUCGCAGCUAUGUCAGGUUAUUUUGAUUGGAAGCCAGUGGAGUCAUGCCUUGAUAUCAAAACGAUCGAAGGCGAACAGGCGGUCAGCGGUGCAUACUAGCUAAAUCAAACAGGUGUUAUAUUNAGGCGAACAGGCGAUCAGCGGUGCAUACUGGCUAAAUCAAACAGGUGUUAUAUUUCAGGUAAAAUUAGUUUAUAAUUCUAUGCUUUUUUACUAUUUUUGAUUUUCACAUUCAUGGCAUUUUUUGGCAGGCCUCUUUCAGGUCUGUUGGUUAUUUACAGUCCUGAUUUCUGGAUUUUCCUAGGGGUCGAAGGCGGCCAGAUUCACUUUAUAGCUGCGCAAUGUUUUGAAAGAAAAUGGUCGUCUUUUUCCCUAGAACAGAAAUCUUUGUCAGUAAUGUUCAGUAGGAAUUACUACCUAGAAAUUGAGAGUAAGUAUUAAAACGGCUUUUAAUUAGAGCGGUUUUCACUUGACUGUCGAAAGGGAUUGGUUUUGGUUUUGGUUUUGGUUUUACUACGCCCUUUGGUUGGCUAGUGUAUUUACUUUGGUUUUGGUUUUACGACAGUCAAGUGAAAACCGCUCUAAUCGCCACAUUCCUUUUCUAUUAGGCAUACUGCCAAAUGGAAUCACUUGGAAAAGUUUGGACCCAUCUUGCUCGUUUCUCCAUGGCAGACGCAAUAAACUGGAUGAAGGACAGUGGUGAAUGGUGGUAUGAUAAGAUUAUUUCCACUGGAGAAACAACUGAUCCAUCAAGUAACACUGAUAUGAUUUCACCAGGCUUUUGGCUAGUCAGCGGCAACGAGUUUAAGAUCACGCGUAAUGAUGACCGUCAGCACACCGCUCUAUUGCAAACAACAGGUGACUGUCUGGGUGGUCAGACAUUCAGGAGGAAAAUAACAAGCUACGGGGACUUCCGGAAUGGCACGACUUGGAGGUUUAAUUUUCGGUGUCUGGGGCAUUGUACGGUUCACUACGGUGGGCAAUACGAGACAACGCAAGGUUUUGGUAACGCAAAGUGUAAUGGAACCAUUCUAAGCGGGGAUAAGAUUGGCUUCUGGUGCGACAGAGGGAGAUGGGAUGGGGCGGUUAUGAUGAUCGGUGGCAGUGGAAGUGGUGAUUGUGGUCAUACUUAUCAUGGGCUGGGAAUAACUGGGGCGAAAAUACCUUCCUUUUCUAAUGGUGCUAGGAGAGAACAAGACUUCGGCAAUUCACCAUAUAGCAAACAUUACACCGGCAAUUACUCAUUAAACCUGUGGAUACGUUAG